AUGCUGCACCGGCAACGCAUGCGACGGACGUCUUUCGCCUUCUCUUGCCUUGAGCCCCGGGUGCCGCCACGGCUUCUCCUCGAGUAUUUGCAGCUGCUCCGCCGCCGAAACCUCACCUAUCUGAUGUGGAUCUCGCUGUGCGACAUCUUCGUCUCUCUCUCCUAUAUUGCCAUCAUGUGUGUACAGGUGUACGCCGACUAUUUUGAGUCGUGGCCCCUGUUCGUCGCCUGGCACAACUACCUCCUCUACGCGUUCACCAUCUCCGGAAUCACUUUUUGCUGGUCGUCGUUUCUCCUGAUGGCGGCCACCAUCGAGCGAUACCUGCAGAGUACCGGCAAUUCAAAG